AUGAUUUUGCGGGGUAUGUUAGAUCUACCAGUGGAUACUGUUGUCUCAUCUAUGAUGAUAAAGGCAUUAGUCAGUCUUCUUCUAGGUUUAUGCACUGUUCAGGUGUCACAAGCGGUUCCCAUUGAGGUAUCUGGUUCAGUGUCUGGAUCAGUGUCUGGAUCAGUGUCUGGAUCAGCGUCUGUUCAUGCUUUGGCCGAACUAUUUCAACCGGUACCACCGGAGUUCUCAGAGAGACGAGAACUGUUUGAAUUUCAUCGAGAUUUCGUUAACUUUGAGUCCUUAAGUAAUGCAGAAUACAAGGGAAGUGAUUUUUUGGGAGAAUAUCUCGAGCAAAAGGGACUUAACGUGGAAUAUAUUGCUUCAUCCAACGGAAGAAAGAACGUUUGGGCAUAUCUUGGAACUAAGAAGAGCACCAAGGUCUUAUUGACCAGUCAUAUUGAUACUGUUCCUCCGUAUUUCAAUUAUUCAGUGGAGAAAAAUGAGCAAGAUGGAAAGUUUAGGAUAUAUGGACGUGGAAGCAACGAUGCCAAGGCAUCUAUAGCGGCUCAGGUGACGGCCUUUGAUGAGUUAUUAGAUGAAGGAGAGAUUGGCGAAGGAGACGUGAGUCUUUUAUACGUAGUCGGGGAAGAGGUUGGUGGAGAUGGUAUGGUUUCUGCGGAUAAGCAGCUUGUUUCGAGGAAUAUCAACUGGAACUCGGUUAUUUUUGGGGAGCCUACGGACAAUGAGCUGGCAGUAGGUCAUAAGGGAAUCUACUACUUUCGAAUUCGCGUAUAUGGACACUCGUGUCAUUCGGCUUAUCCCGAUUUAGGGGUUGAUGCCAAUAGAGUACUUAUUCGGAUCAUGAACGAUCUAGAAGUGGCAGAUUGGCCGGGAUCCAAGCUUUUGGGAGAUACUACAGCCAAUAUUGGGGAAAUAGAUGCUUCGAAUGCUGCCAACGUUGUUUCUCCGUAUGCUGCGUGCACAGUUCUAAUCAGAGUAGCCAGUAGCGUGGAAGAUAUAUCGAAGAUAGUGCAGCAGAUUAUCAACAAGUACUCAAAAGAAGCUCUCAAGGUUGAAUUACAGGUGGAACAAGAGUCCAAUCCAGUUUACUUGGAUUACGAUGUUCCAGGAUUUAACCACUCGUCUCUGUCAUUUUCAACGGACGUUCCAAACCUGUCUCAAAGAGGAUUUAAAAGAUAUAUAUAUGGACCAGGAUCAAUUCAUAAUGCCCAUUCUGCCAAUGAGUAUGUGGAGGUCGAAAGCUUGAUGAGAAGUGUUGAUGACUACAAGAAGUUGGUAAUGCAUUCAUUAAAUCUACUGGAGAAGAUGUAA